UUAUUUUUAACCGCAAUCUUUUUAAAAUGGCGGACAGUGAAGGGGCUGAAAAGGUUCUCUUUGUUUUCGAUUUCGACCACACACUCAUCGAUGACAACUGUGACACAUAUGCCAUGAACGUGGCACCUCAGCUGAACCUAAUUGAGAAGGUACACGAGAUGAGAAAGGAGUUUACCCUAUGGAUAACAAUGAUGAAUUAUGUCAUGAAAGCUCAGUAUGAACAUGGUUCCAAGCCAGAGGACGUCCUCAGAGUAAUGAAAGAGAUAGAUUUAAUAGGACCAAUGAAGAGAACACUAGAAAAAAUAAAGGAACAUCCACUCGUAGAUGCUAUCAUAGUUUCAGAUGCCAAUUCAUUCUUUAUACGUGCGAUAUUGGAGAAUCACAACUUAGCAGACGUUUUUAAGACAAUCCACACCAAUCCAGCAUGUUUCAACGAAUCCGGCUGUCUAGAAAUCAGCCACUACCAUGCUCACUGCUGCACUCGUUGUCGUAAAACCCCAAACAUGUGCAAGGGUCUAAUAAUGCACAGCAUAGCCGAAGAGAGGAGUACAUAUUCCAGGAUAGUUUAUGUAGGGGAUGGAUCUAAUGAUUACUGUGCUGCUAUGCAUCUUUCUCCUCGCGAUCACGUUGUGGCUAGGACAGGAUAUGGUCUUGCCAAGAGGAUAGCUGCAGAGAAGCCUCCACCUAGUUUUAAUGUGAUUGAUUUUACUGAUCCUCAAGCCGCAGUUCUAUUACAGAGCCUGAUGCCAUGAGUACUAUCUUUAAUUAAUUUAUUUUUUAAUGCUAUAGAUAUAAUAGUCGGUUUCAUUUUAACUCUUCAUAACAAUCAAAUUAAUAAUUAUAAUACUAAAUGAUAUCGAUUUUCAUUUUUAAAACAUAAAAAUAAUACCAAUCAAUUAUUACUAUUAUAUCUCUAUUGUAAAAAAUAUCUUCCAGUUAUUACA